AUGCACAUUCCAACCAAGGCUAAAUGGCAUUCAAUUGGUCACAAAGUCUUGGCUUUAGAGCAAUGGAGUUUUAAGGGUGGGUUUAGGGUAGUAUUUUGGCUAAGCAUUGUAAUCUUUAUAUUUUUAUGCUUCAAUACUUAUCCGUCGUAUUGUGCUUGUCGGCACUAUUUUCACACAGUAACUCUCAAGAAAAGUGUCUCUUGGAUUCCAUAUGCUCCUAACUUGAGGAAUACAAGAGAACCUCUCGGGAAUUGUGACAUCUUACCGGAAGUUCAAGGCAGCAGCAAGAUCUCUACUCCACAAGACGAUGUUCAAGCUGUAAACCAAGCCAUUCCUUUUAAGUAUUUUGGACUAGUAUAUCUAAAAAGAAAAUUUGUUAAGAAUAAUAAUCAAAUGAUAUCCGGUCAUAUUAUUACCUUUGAAAGCCGUGUAAAGUUAAAUGUGAUGCUCGGGAGUAUUUGUAUUGUCAAAUGUUGGAGACUUUCUUGA